CUGCUCUCUCAUUUCGGUGUCUACAAGCUAUUCAUUUUCUCAUUUCUCUCAACAAACUGUCUUUUAUAUACCUUGUUAUAACUUCCCACAACCAGACAUAUUCAGCUCUGAACUGAUGCAGUGAUUGCUACUAGUUCAACUUCAACCAUGCAAGGCAAGCUCAGGCAAAUUUGCCACAAACUAAGAGUAUGCAGUUUUCGGCUCCUUACUAACAGAUAUGUACAAGAGCUUGGAUGGGCCUGAGGAGCAAAUAAAUAUAUGCCAAUUAAGAACGGUUAUGGACGAAAUGUACGGAGUGCCAUCCACGGCGGAGUACGCCGACAAGGCGCUGAUGCCGCCGGAGAAUCUGAUCUUCCCUGCAGACUACCACAGCUUCCUCAUGUCCUCUUCCACAGCAGACCGGAUUCCGAUGUUCGGAUCCGACGACUUCUUCUCGUCGGCUGAACCCUCCUCCGCCGGAAACCAGGACGACGUGGCUUCCACCGUGAUGAAGGCGAAAAUCGCCUCUCACCCUCAGUACCCUCGCCUCCUCCAAGCCUACAUCGAGUGCCAGAAGGUGGGUGCGCCUCCGGAAAUCGCGCGUUUGUUAGAGGAAAUCCGGCGAGAAAAUGACCUGUGUAAGAGGGACGUAGUUUCCACGUGCUUUGGAGCCGAUCCCGAACUCGACGAGUUCAUGGAAAGCUACUGUGAUAUGCUGGUGAAGUAUAAAUCAGACCUGGCUAGGCCUUUUGACGAAGCGAGCAACUUCCUCAACAAGAUUGAAAUGCAGCUCAGCAAUCUCUGUACUGGUGCUUCAGUUCCCACUCUUUCUGAUGAGGGGGGUGUAUCUUCAGACGAAGAAUUCAGUACUGGAGAUGGUGAUGCUCAAGAUGGACAACAAUUAAGGGGAGAAGAUCGUGAGCUCAAGGAUAGGCUUCUACGCAAGUUUGGGAGUCACAUUGGUACUUUGAAAUUGGAGUUCUCAAAGAAGAAAAAGAAGGGUAAGCUUCCCAAGGAAGCAAGACAAACACUGCUUCAGUGGUGGAAUGUUCACUACAAAUGGCCUUACCCAACGGAAUCUGAUAAGAUUGAAUUGGCUAAGGCAACGGGGUUAGACCAGAAGCAAAUUAACAAUUGGUUUAUUAAUCAGAGAAAACGACAUUGGAAACCAUCUGAGAACAUGCAGUUUUCUAUGAUGGAACAUCUGACCGGACGGUUCCUUUCUGAUGAAUGAGGUGCAUAUGUAUAUGCAUGCAUUCAAAUGUAUAUUCUUAGUAACUGUUGCCUGUAUUUUCUUUUGUAAAUUAUAAACUAGAAGCAGAUUACUGACAGUAAUAUGCUUACAUUUCCCACAAAGAGAUCAAAAGGGAAAUGAUCAUGUAAUUUUCUUCCCUUGUAUUCUUGAUGAAAAACUGCUGACAUUCUGAAUGAAUGCUUAUAGUUUGGUCCUUGGUCUA